AUGAUGAAUACUACUGUCUCGCGCUUGAAACGGAAGCGAACAGAUGCAAGAUACAAAGCUCAAAUUGUUCAAUUCUAUACCUUGACUUAUCCGGACUUUCGCCAGAGAAAAAAGUCAAGGCUAUCAAGUGAGCAAUUGGAAAACAAUCUUGUUUCGGGAGAAGCAGCUGUUGACGAAGAGGGAUCGAGUAAUGGUUCAACAGUUACAGCGAAAACCCAGAUACAAGAAUGUGCGACAACAGAACUAUCUAUCGUUGAAGGCGCACCUACCGAAAUCAUCAACAGGAUAUUGAACACUUUUCUUGAACAAGAAUUCCCUGAUAUCUUCUCAGCCCUUUGUUUCGGCUUGACUUCCCGCAGAAACUGGGCAAUACUUCGUAACCUGGACCAUACAAGCUAUUUCAAAGAACAUAUGGACCAGAUUCCCAGUAUUAUCGAUUUCAAAUACGACCAAAUCCCAUUGUUCAAUCCGUAUUGCGAGCAAGCUGAGUCAAACUCUGUCGAUGACGAAAGUAAUAGGAAUGAAUACACUUUCAAACACGUUAGUUUUAACCGUUGCUGGCCCCGUUUCUUGAAAGGACCGGUAAUUGUCAGGAGUAGUCUUAAUCCUUCUCAACGCCAGCAACUCAUCUUAUCAAAGGAGUGGAUGGGCCCCAAAUAUCGUCCUCCAACUUCUUUGCUCAUCCCUUCUUAUCUAUCCUGUGCUGUAUAUGGAGAAUUGAAUGAAGAAAGUAUCGAAGAAGAGAUUCUUGAGGAUAGAUUAUAUCAUUUCAUAAUGUAUCAAGCAAUGAAGGUCAAUAUCCCAAGCCCCUUUGGACUGGGUGAUGUAUGGGAGGCUGUAGAUAUGACGAGAGUUAGUUACCAGAACAGACCCGGUUCUACUAUGCAUCUAUUCACAGUAUUAGGGCAAGAGACUGCAGAAGGUUGA